GAAUUAGAAAGUUUGUUCUCUGCUGCCAAGGAGUUCUUUGAUUGCUGAAGAAGGUCUCAAUUCUGGCUGUGGAGAUGGAUGGACAGAUCCAGGAGAGGCUUCUGAGACAUGUAGAUGGUACUGAUGUUGAUGAGGAAGUAAAUCUCAAGGACAAGGUGUGGAUUGAGACCAAAAAGAUUUGGGUUGUAGCUGGUCCUGCCAUUUUCACAAGAUUUUCUACUUAUGGAAUAAACUUAAUCAGCCAAGGGUUUGUUGGGCAUAUUGGACCAACAGAGCUUGCUGCUUAUUCACUUGUGUUUCCUGUGCUGUUGAGGUUUGCAAAUGGCAUACUGUUGGGCAUGGCAAGUGCAUUGGAAACUUUGUGUGGGCAAUCAUAUGGUGCAAAAGAAUAUCCCAUGAUGGGAGUACAUCUUCAAAGAUCAUGGAUAGUUAUGUUCAUUUCCUCAAUCUUUCUUCUACCCUUGUUCAUCUUCACUACUCCACUUUUGAAGGCUUUGGGCCAGGAAGAGCAUAUUGCAGAAGUGGCAGGAAUAAUUUCUCUUUGGAUAAUUCCUGUGAUGUUUGCCUUUAUUGUAGCAUAUAGCUGCCAAAUGUUCCUACAAGCACAAAGCAAGAACAUGAUUAUCUCGUACUUGGCAGCAACUUCAGUUUCAAUCCAUCUUCUUCUUUCUUGGCUUUUGACUGUGAAAUAUAAAUUUGGGCUCACAGGAGCAAUGGUAUCAGCCAUAAUGGCAUACUGGAUUCCAGAUCUGGGUCAACUAUUGUUCGUUAUAUGUGGUGGUUGCAAUGAAACAUGGAAAGGUUUCUCAAUUUUGGCUCUCAAAGAUCUUUGGCCUGUAUUUAAGCUUUCUCUGUCAUCUGGUGUCAUGAUUUGUGUUGAGUUAUGGUACAACACAAUCUUGAUUCUUCUAACAGGAAACAUGAAAAAUGCUGAGGUUUCCAUUGAUGCUUUCGCUAUCUGCAUUAAUAUCAGUGGUCUGGAAAUGAUGAUAUCCCUCGGUUUCUUGGCUGCAGCGAGUGUUAGGGUCUCGAACGAACUUGGGAGAGGAAGCUCGAAAGCUGCAAAGUUCUCCAUCACUGUCAUAGUACUCAUGUCAUUAAUCAUUGGACUAGUGCUAUUUGUGUUUUUCCUACUCCUUAGGGGACGCAUUGCAUACAUUUUUACCAACAGCCAUGAGGUUGCUAGCGUUGUUGCCGAUCUGUCACCGCUGUUGGCUUUCUCCAUACUUAUGAACAGUGUUCAACCUGUGCUCUCUGGAGUUGCUGUUGGUGCUGGAUGGCAAGGCAUUGUAGCAUAUGUCAAUGUAUCAUGCUACUACCUGGUGGGGAUUCCUGUUGGGGUUUUGCUUGGUUAUGUUGCUCAUCUCGGAGUCAAAGGAGUCUGGAUGGGAAUGUUGUUAGGGACAUUUGUUCAAAUGAUAGUACUUAUUAUUAUCACCUGCAGAACAGACUGGGAUAAACAGGUGACUAUAGCUCAUAAUCGUGUUAAUAAGUGGUCCAUGGGAGAAGCAAAAGAAUCAAUGCCAAAGAGUGAAGAAGCAUAAGAUUUAGCUUCUUUACUAGCCACUGUUUUAGAACUGAGGAUCUAGGGAGUUCAGUCCCUGGAAUUUGCUUCUGUUUUCAACUUUACAAGUAGUAAAAGAUUCUAUGGUUUCAUCAAAUUGUAAUAAUCUUUUGAAGGAUACUCUUCCAGGCUGAAACUUUGAGUGAUGAAGGACAAAACUCUGUUAUGAUGCCAUUAUCCUUUCGAAACCCCGAAAUUUAAAUGGGUUUUUAUUUAUUUAGAAUUAAAGGGUAUAUUUUGUAUUGGUGCAAGACAAAACUCUAAAUAUAGUAUGAAAUUGAAAUACUUAACACUCCA